AUGCAUCAGAGGAAAAGCAUCCAUGUAGUUUACAAGCCUCGAGGUUAUCUUGAAUUGAUACCAAAUACUCAGGACAAUGGCAUAGAUUACAUAAGACACCAAUGGACUUCCCCAGUGUACAAUGCCAGAGGCCAGCUAAGCCAGAAGCAAGACUGGCUUUUCUUUAUCAUCUUCCAUUUGUACAUUUUUGGUGUGCACCCAAUGAUCGAUUCCAGGACUGUUUAUCUUUUUCCUGUUUUAAUGGUAUUAAAUAAUCAUGACUAUUUCAUCCAGCAGCUCGUUAAGGGCUUGUAGCACACAGAAGCCAACCUUGAGAGCUUUUCCUCCACUACCAGGCCAGGUGAGAUGGAAAAGACUUUUCCGCUCCAAUUUGGCAUCUGUUCGGCUGAUAAUGCAUUUCCUCUCAGAACAGGUGUCGAAGAAGUAUCAAGGAUAAAUUACAUUGCCGGGAUUUUCAGUGAGACGGGAUUCUGCAAUUCAGUCAUUUUGUGUCCUAGUCUCUGGGCUGUUGGUGGGAAGAAAAACAGGUUCUGCAGCAGUUCUGGAAUAGAGCCACGGGGGGGGGGGGGGGGGGGGGGGGAAUAAUUGGCAGAACUCUGGAAGCACUCUGCAGUGCUCAGCUGCCUGAUGGCUCCUGCUGUUUACUGCCAAAAGCGCAAUCCCAAGGGGAGUAAAGACCCCAAAGUGAGUUCAUACAACAGGGAAUGUGGCGGGAACAGCUGUGCUUUUAACGUCAAGUGUCAAGGUGAGAAAAACACCAGGAAAAAUAAAAUGGGCUUCAUGACAGCACCGGCUUACCUGAUGUUGACUGUACCGGUUGCUGCAGGCUUGGAUGAGCUUCAAGGUUGCCACGGUGCCUGGGCUGGUCCAGCUGACAGCACUGAUCCUUAUCAAUCAAAGGCUAGCGAAAUCCCUGUGGAUCUGGACGAUCAACUGGCACUGAAGGAAGAUCAAUGUCUCUGACAGGCUCUCAGAGAAACUUUGAUGUCAUGAAGAAAUACGAAGUUAGAAAGUGAAGACACAGAUGCCGAGAGAAAUAAGUUCUUAGAGUACUUUGUUUAG